AUGAACAUCAUGGUCGACACUUCGACAUCAAUGACGCAAAGGCAAAUAGGCAGAGCUACGUCACGGGACCAGGGCACCAUGAGCGGCGCGGAGGCGAAAGGCGCGCGGGACACCAGUGGUGGCUGCGAGGCGGUCGGCACGCCCACGCGCACGCCCCCCGCCGAGAAAGCUCCGUCGAGCCGGGCGAUUGCGCUCCGG